CGCGGGAGGGUCGGGAGGCGGCGGGCCAGCCACUGCUCGGCUUGGAUCAGCUGGGGCGGAGCCGGAGCCGAAGCGUGGAGGCAGCUCACAGCUAUGGGCCCGGGGUUUCUCAGAGCUCGAGGGUCGUGGGCAUCGCUGCUGCUGCUGCUGCUGCUGCUGCUGUGGCUACCUUUGGAGGUGUCACGGGCCGAGGCGUUUCAAGGAAACAGCCCCGGAGAGCCGGUCACCCUGCACUGGGUCCUGGAUGGACAACCCCGGCGCACAGCCACCCUGCAGGAGCCGGUCUGGAAGCUAGACAUGGGGCUGGUGGCCUUGGAGGCUGAAGGGCAAGAGCUCCUGCUUGAGCUGGAGAAGAACCACAGGCUGCUGGCCCCGGGAUACACAGAAACCCACUAUACCCCAGAUGGGCAGCCAGUGGUGCUGGUCCCCGACCACACGGACCACUGCCAUUACCAUGGGCGUGUGAGGGGCUUCCCUGACUCCUGGGUAGUCUUAAGUACCUGCUCUGGGAUGAGGGGCCUGAUCACACUCGGCAGCAAUGCCAGUUUUUAUGUGCAUCCAGCAUCAGCUGGAGACUCCGAGGACUUCAUCACUCACAGGAUGUUCCGGACCAGCCAGCUGCUCAGCUGGAAAGGGGCCUGUGGCCACAGGGAAGCCGGGAAUAAAGGGGACGUAGCCAGCCUUUCUCGUGCCACUCAGAUCAAGGAGAGGAGGGAGGUCCGCAGGAGCCCCAGGUUCUUGGAGCUGUACAUCGUGGCUGACCACACACUGUUCUUGACCCAGCACCAGAACUUGAACCGCACCAAAGAGCGACUCCUGGAGGUGGCCAACUACGUGGCCCAGAUUCUCAGGACACUGGAUAUUCAGGUGGCACUGACCGGCCUGGAAGUGUGGACAGAGCGAGACCAGAGCCGCAUCACGCCAGACGCGAAUGCCACGCUCUGGGCCUUCCUGCAGUGGCGCCGAGGACUGUGGGCACGGUGGCCACAUGACUCCACGCAGCUGCUCACGGGCCGCGCCUUCCAGGGCUCCACGGUGGGCCUGGCACCCAUCGAGGGCAUGUGUCACGCUGAGAGCUCUGGAGGCGUAAGCACCGACCACUCAGAGCUCCCCAUCGGCGCAGCAGCCACCAUGGCCCACGAGAUAGGUCACAGCCUUGGCCUCAGCCACGACCCUGACGGAUGCUGCGUGGAGGCGGCGGAGCAAGGAGGAUGCGUCAUGGCUGCGGCCACGGGGCACCCGUUCCCGCGCGUCUUCAGCGCCUGCAGCCGGCGCCAGGUGCGCGCCUUCUUCCGCAAGGGGGGCGGUGCGUGUCUGUCCAACGCGCCGGACGCCGGCGCCCUGGUGCCUCAGGCGCGCUGCGGAAACGGCCUCGUGGAGGACGGCGAGGAGUGUGACUGCGGCCCCAGCCAGGAGUGCGCGGACGCCUGCUGCCUCGCCCACAACUGCUCGCUGCGUGCGGGGGCCCAGUGCGCACACGGGGACUGCUGCGCGCGCUGCCUGCUGAAGCCGGCUGGCGUCCUGUGCCGCCGAGCUGCUGGCGACUGUGACCUCCCAGAGUUCUGCACGGGCGACUCCCCCUACUGCCCCCUGGACAUUUUCCUACUGGACGGCUCGCCCUGCGCCAGCGGCCGGGGCUACUGCCGGGAUGGCGCGUGUCCGACGCUCGAGCAGCAGUGCCAGCAGCUCUGGGGGCCUGGCUCCAGCCCAGCCCCGGAGGCCUGUUUCCACAUCGUGAACUCAGCCGGGGACGCUCACGGGAACUGCGGGCAGGACGGCAAGGGUGGCUACGUGCCUUGUUUGCAGAGGGAUGUGCAGUGUGGGAAGCUGCAGUGCCUGGGUGGGGAGCAGCGCCCACUGGCACCACACACGGUACCGGUGGACUCCACCAUUGGAUUAGGCAGUAGUGAAGUGACAUGCAGGGGUGUCUUCCUGCUGCCCGGUGUCCAGCUAGACCUGCAUGAUUUGGGUUUGGUAGAGCCAGGCACCCAGUGUGGCCCUAGAAUGGUGUGCCAGGACAAGCGCUGCCAAAACACUACCUUCAGGGAGCUGGAGCGUUGCCUGACAUCCUGCCAUGGCCAUGGGGUUUGCAACAGUAACUAUAACUGCCACUGUGCUCCGGGCUGGGCUCCUCCAUACUGUGACAAGCCAGGGUUUGGUGGCAGUGUGGACAGCGGUCCUAUACAACCUGAAAACCACAAGGCCUUCCUCCUGGCGGUGAUCCUUAGCUUUCUGCUGCCUCUGCUCCCUGGGGCCGGUCUGGCCUGGUGCUGCUGCCGGCAGCCAGGAUCCCGGCUCCAGCAAUGCCUCUGGGGCUCAAGGAGGGAUCUUGCAUGCAGUGGGCCCAAAGAUGGCCCACAGGGGGACUGUCCCCCUAGGAGCGUUCAUGGCAUGGAGUCAGGCCCAGCAGCCACUGAGGAGCCUGGACCCCGGGAGACUUCUGCCUGUGUUCACACUUGUCCUCCACCCGUUGCUCCAGACCUUAAGAACUCUGCCAGAGCCCAAGAGCCACCUUGAGAGGCUUCUGUCCUGUUGCCCUACCUGCAACCCAAGCAGGUCAAGUCCAGAAGCCAAGAUUCUGUCUCUCUAGAGAGAGGGGCUCCUGAGAUGAGGAUACUUACAGACAGGUGACUGCGGACAGCCACUCCAGGAACUUGGUCUCCCAGGGGCAGAGCCAGCGAAUCACACUUCCUGCGCUUUUGCAGCUCUGCCCCACCCACUCCAAGACCCCAGAGCCAUAUUGGAAGGUGCCUGAUGCUGUUCCCAUUCCUUAGGGCUGAGGGAUCCUGGUAGGGUACAUAUCUCCAGCCCAAGAAUCUAUCAGUCCAAGGAGCAAAGGUCAUAUAGUCACUGACCUCCUGUCACCAGGGCAGGGUCAUUCUGGGCAUUGGGAGAGGAGCCUGGGUGUCUCUGCUAUAUGCACUUUACCUCGACCCAGCUCUGCAGAAUCUAGUGACUGCUGGGACAGAAACCUUGACUCCAGGGGCCCUACAUUUCAGAUUGAGUCUACUUCCCUGGCACCUGGCCCCUGCAAAAAACAAAACAAAAUCCACAAAAUCCUUGGGACCCUCUCCCCUCCCUUUUCCUGCCCUGUCCUCCAGACACUUCCUCAGCCUCACCCCUGUUAUUGGUCCUCCACCUGAGGUUUUGGAGGAGUGUGGGUCUGCUGUAGCCCUCUCACUUUGGAAAUGACUCAGCCUCCCCUCAAUUCCAUGGGAGGGGACAGUGGGAGCUGUUUUAAAAAGGAUACCAAAGUAGAAGUCAGAAGAAAGAUAUGCUGAUCUUGA